CAUUCCCAAUAAGCUCUGUAGCUGUUACCCAACGGACUACAAAUUACUAAAACUGAAAAAAAAAAGGGAAAGUAGAUUGCCAAAAAGGAAAACAACACUUUCCCUUUUACCAAACGGCACAAAAGAAAAGUGAAAGACUGAAUUUUUCUUCAGAAAAUCUCACGCCUUAGCAGUCUUUAUCUCAGUUUUGUGUAAUUGAAGCUCAAAACAGUAAGUGGGGUUGUCUUGAUUUUUUUUUUUAUUUGGGAGUUAUUAUUUCUGCUGAUCUGUUUAUAUUUCAAGAACAAGGUAAGUGUUUUUGGGUAUUUGAUAUCUGGGGAGAUUUGGUUGAUUUAAUGUGGUUUUGGGUGUGUUGUGUUUGUUGAUCUUACGUAAUCUUUUUGGGUCUUUAGUCUUUUUUGGUUCCUUUUUGGGUUAUGUAUAUUGCUGAAUCUGACUUUUUUUAGGGGGAAAAAGGUCAAUGGAGUUUAAGGUUUUAUCUGUUUAUCAUUCUUGAUCUUAAAAAAGAAUUUUUUUUUUAUGAUUCUGGUUGAGAAAAGAUUAAGAUUUUGUGGGUUUUGAUGUGGCUAUUCUAGGUUAGUCUGUAAAUUAGUUCUUUCCAGAUAGGGGAUUUUGUGUUAUCAGUUUUGAACUGUGAUUUUGAUCUUAACAAAAUCAGGUCCUUACCCGGACCUCGUAAUAGGGGGAGCUUUAGUGCUUAUUUUUUGAUCUCAACAAGUUCAGAGUCUUGUGAUUCUGAGUGUGAGAGAGCUGUUGUAUUAUUUUGGUUUGCUGUUUAAGUUUUGGAUUGUUGGGUAGAACCCUUGUGGCUACUGUGGAGAUCUGGGACUUGCUUAAUCUGUUAUGUCCCAUGAGAACUUUUUUCCCUUCAGAGUCUUGUAAAGAAACACAUCUGAAAUCAAUUAAUCCUCAGUCAUGGCUCCAAGUUGAAAGAGGGAAGCUUGCCAAAAUUUCAUCUGAAUCUGCUUCUUCUAUAGAUUCUUUGAUCAAGGUCCCAGAACCACCAAUUCUUCCAUUCUUUAAACCUGUUGAUUAUGUUCAAGUUUUAGCAAAAAUCCAUGAAGAGCUUGAAUCAUGUUCCCCACAAGAGAGGUCGAAUCUCUAUUUGCUGCAGUUUCAGGUCUUUAAGGGCCUCGGAGAAGUUAAAUUAAUGAGGAGAAGCCUUCGCUCAGCUUGGUCGAAAGCAAGUACAGUUUAUGAAAAACUUGUAUUUGGGGCGUGGUUGAAAUACGAGAAGCAAGAUGAAGAGCUCAUUUCUGACUUGCUUUCUAGUUGUGGCAAGUGCGCAAAGGAGUUUGGAGCAAUAGACAUAGCAUCUGAAAUGCCUGCCCAUAAGAAAUUAAGUUCUCAUGGAGUCAUCACCACAAAUGAGGAUUCUUGUCCAAGAACUGUUUCUUUUAGAAUUGCGGAUGAGAAAAUAGCAUGUGACAGGCAGAAAAUUGCCAGCCUUUCAGCUCCAUUUCAUACCAUGCUCAAUGGUUGUUUCACAGAAUCGUUUUGUGAGGAAAUAGAUUUGUCUGAAAACAAUAUUUCACCCCUGGCAAUGAGGGUGAUCAAUGAAUUCAGCUCAACCGGUUUAUUGAAUGAAGUGUCCCCUGAUCUGCUGUUGGAAAUAUUGGUAUUUGCCAAUAAGUUUUGUUGUGAAAGCCUCAAGGAUGCUUGUGACCGAAAGCUCGCGUCUUUAAUUUCAUGUCGACAAGAUGCUCUAGAACUCCUUGAAUGUGCCCUUGAAGAGAACUCCCCUGUCCUUGCUGCGUCAUGUUUGCAAGUAUUUUUACGUGAACUCCCAGAUUCUCUGAAUGACAGUCAAGUAGUUGAACUGUUAAGCAAUACUACCAGGCAACAAAGGUCAAUUAUGAUAGGUCCUGCCUCAUUUUCACUCUAUUGUUUGUUAAGUGAAGUUUCGAUGAACCUUGAUCCUAGAUCAGAUGAAUCUGUUCGUUUUUUGAGAACACUGGUAGACUCAGCUGAAACCAGCCAACAGAAAAUGGUCGCAUAUCAUCGUUUAGGAUGCGUUAAAUUUCUUAGGGAAGAGCUUGAUGAAGCUGAGCAACUGUUUGAGGCUGCUUUUAAUUUGGGUCACACUUAUUCAGUUAUUGGUUUGGCUAGAUUAGGUCAAAUAAGGGGUCAUAAACGCUGGGCAUAUGAGAAGCUCGGUUCUGUUAUUUCUUCCUCAAUUCCUCUUGGAUGGAUGUACCAAGAGAGCUCGCUAUAUUGUGAAGGAGAAAAGAGGUGGGAUGACCUUGAAAAAGCAACUGAGCUUGAUCCUACACUGACAUACCCCUAUAUGUUUCGAGCUGCAUCCUUGAUGAGGAAGCAAAAUGCUCAAGCUGCUCUUUCAGAAAUAAACAGAAUCCUUGGAUUCAAACUGGCAUUGGAGUGCUUGGAACUCCGCUUUUGUUUUUACCUUGCUCUAGAGGAUUACCAAUUAGCAAUAUGUGAUAUACAGGCAAUCCUCACACUUUGCCCAGAUUAUCGCGUGUUUGAAGGACGAGUUGCAGCAUCGCAACUCCGUACUCUUCUACGCGAGCAUGUAGAGAAUUGGACAGAAGCUGAUUGUUGGCUGCAGUUGUAUGAUAGAUGGUCAUCAGUUGAUGAUAUUGGAUCUCUUUCAGUAAUAUACCAGAUGCUCGAGUCUGAUGCAGCAAAAGGUGUUCUUUACUUCAGACAGUCCCUGCUUCUCCUCCGAUUGAAUUGUCCAGAUGCAGCCAUGAGGAGUUUACAGUUGGCUCGCCAGCAUUCAUCUAGUGAACAUGAACGUCUGGUUUAUGAGGGAUGGAUCUUAUAUGAUACUGGCCACUGUGAAGAAGGUCUACAGAAAGCAGAAGAGUCCAUUAGCAUCAAGAGAUCUUUUGAAGCAUUCUUCCUGAAAGCGUAUGCUUUAGCUGACUCUAGCCUUGAUGCAUCUUGUUCAUCAACUGUCAUAUCACUUCUUGAGGAUGCCUUGCGAUGCCCUUCAGAUAGGCUUCGCAAAGGUCAGGCCCUGAACAAUCUUGGCAGUGUGUAUGUCGACUGCGGUAAAUUGGAUGCUGCAGCUGAUUGCUACAUUAAUGCCCUUAAAAUCCGGCAUACCCGGGCUCACCAAGGUCUUGCUCGUGUACAUUUCUUGAGAAAUGAUAAGGUGGCUGCUUAUGAUGAAAUGACCAAACUGAUUGAGAAGGCCAAGAAUAAUGCAUCUGCCUACGAGAAGAGAUCAGAAUACUGUGACCGUGACCGCACAAAGGCUGACCUAGAGAUGGUCACUCGUCUAGAUCCUCUUAGAGUUUACCCUUACAGAUAUCGAGCUGCAGUUCUGAUGGACAACCACAAGGACAAGGAAGCCAUUGAAGAACUUUCGAGGGCCAUUGCAUUUAAAGCCGAUCUUCAUCUUUUACACCUGCGAGCUGCUUUUCAUGAGCAUAUAGGUGAUGUUAUGGGUGCAUUGCGAGAUUGUCGAGCUGCUCUCUCUGUUGACCCAAAACAUCAAGAAAUGUUGGAACUUCAUAGUCGUGUGAACAGUCAAGAACCUUAAAAGAAAUGACUAAUGAGCAACAAGACAAUGUAUGCAAGGACAAUAGGAGGGGGAAACUUGUGUGUCUUAUUUGGGGACACAAAAGUGUAAAAUUAAUUGAGAAAGACUUUUCUCCCUUUUUCCUUUUUUCUACCUCCGUUGGAUGCCACAAGCAUCUCCUUGUUUAUCUUAGUUCCAAAAUUUUGUAAUAUGCUCCAAAAUUCUUUGUUAAUAUUAUUUAUAUUAAUGAAAAUCUUUAUUCUCUCUCUCUA